UCGAUAUCACCAAUGGCAAGGUGACGUCAUGGUCAGGACAACUGCCCCAUGGAUGGAAGGAGGAAGGGGCGGAUGAGGGGAUGAAGCAUGAGGAACUAUGAAAAGCGGGCUGCUCCUGCCUUGCGGAGUGGACGUUGCAGAAUACCACCCCAAUUACCUAGAUACCUACCUACCUACCUACCUAAGUGAGGAGACUCUGUCAACUUUGAAUCUGUCAACUUUGAAUCUGUCAACUUUGAAUCUGUCAACUUUGAAUCUGUCAACUUCCAUACCUACCUACUUACCUACCCAAGGUAUCUAGAUAAUCGACAGAGAGGCAACAGGUAGUUCUUUCUUAUCUUUUCCUUCUGUUCUGUUACAACCAGCACUCGCCGGCGUUGGAAAUUAAUUUCACUUGGCCUCGAAACCAUCGACAUGGGUAGCAUCGACAUGGGUAUGCCGUCCCCGGCUUACACCGACAUGGGUAUGCCGUCCCUGGCUUACACCGACAUGGGUAUGCCGUCCCCGGCUUACCUCGACAUGGCUGCUCCGUCCCCGGCUCCGUCCCCGGCUCCCUCAACCACCGCCCCCGACGGCGCCCACAUGGGCUACUACCGCGACUACUCUAUGGCUCUCCUGGCGCGUAGCGGCCCGUCCCAGCUGCCCAAACUGCCUUGCCUCUUGUCGGUCGACGACAUGGCUAACGGCCGGGAUAUCUUCCCAAUCGGCAAGGGGCACGCCAUCCUGGACGCCUGGCACGGCAAAGGCGGCUGCCUCGAGCGGAUUGUCGACCUGCUUGACGGAUUAACAUGGAACAGUGUGAACGCUUUCCGAGUCGGCUGGGAGAAUCCCACCAAGUGGACCAAACCCGUCCCCACCAUCCUCAUCACGGUGUACAGUCUUUCGGUACAGCUAGCCGACGAUCUUGCCGACCGUUGCCGAUGCCUUCUCCAGAAAAGCUUCAAGCUUGGCGACGUCGCCGUCGAGAUCGCACAGGGAAACGCGACCCAUGGCAGCUCCGCCAUCAACAACGAAUAUUGUAAUAAUCAUGAGUUAUGGCGGCUGCACAAUACCUGGCACAUGGACCACAACAAAAUCCCUAUUAUUGGCACCGGCAUUGGCGUCGCCGGCACUGGGGGUCUCGGCACGUUGGGUUUCUAUGUGCGAAUCACAAAGGGCGACAAGAGCGAGGUCAUGGCGGCCACAUGCCACCAUGUUGUUGACCCGCCCAAAGGGACAAGGCUAAAGCUCGCCUUCCCUAUAAGGGCAUGUCAUGGCGUCGUGAUCGAAAGCCGCUCGCUGAAAGAUCAAAUGCUGUGGGAGACGUAUCUGCAGCAUCGCCGCCACACAGCCGAAAGCAUGCGCCAGGUUGCUGCCACCCAACUUGGACGUGAAAACCUCGAAAAUAUGCUUGUUACUGCCCUCAACGCCCGUCUAGCCAAAUUCAACGAGGAAAUCGCUGCUGUGGACAAGAUGAUGGCCGACCAAGGCUCCCGAUCUCUCGGCAAGGUGUUUCUCUCCUCGGGUCUUCCGGGUCCUUUCAAGCCCGACACUGAUAGAAAAUAUGCACCUGAUUGGGCUCUGAUCAGGCUCGAUUCUGAUCGCGUCACCGACGUCAGCGCCCUCACAAAUAUCUGGCACGACUUCAUAUUUCAUAAACAUCCCGGAAUGCCCCCCUCCUUGAAAUUCCGCCGGUGCCAUCCCAAUUACCACCCCAAGUACUACGCCACGGAAGCCCUCGCCUCCAAACUCAAGCACGGCGGCCCAAUCACGGUCUACAAAUUCGGCCUCUCGACAAGCGCGACCUCGGGCCGUCUGAACGAACUCAUGUCCAAAGUUCUCAUCUUCAACACCGGUCGCAUACCUACAUAUUCCCUCGUGUGGGUCGUCCUCGGCGAGUUUGGUGCUCCUGGUGGCGGGUGGUUCUCGAGACCCGGCGACUCGGGCUCGCUCGUCGUCGACGUUUAUGGCACGGCUGUUGGCAUGGUUGUCGCUAGAAGGGUUAGGACCUACGUCAUGCCGAUGGAGGCGAUUCUGGACAUGAUGAGAGAGGCUUUGGAGGUGGAUUUCCGGGCGGAGGGAGAGGUGCAAGUGGAUUUGGUUUAGGGGAUGGGACUGAGCCACCUACCACCUACUAUGUAAUUACUAAUUAAUUCUUGGAC